CGUGUCUGUCUGUUGAAGAUGCGUGGUCAUUAUUGCGAGUGGUAUUGCUGCGGUGCAUUAGUGAUCACUGAGUGACUUGACUUACGGAGACAAAGCAUCUGCUCGAGAACUAAGGAUGUCCGCUGGCGUGACGUCUUCAAGCGUGGUGGGUCUUACAUUUGAGGACGGUGUGUGUGUAGCGACAGACACACUAGGUUCAUAUGGCAGCCUGGCAAAAUACCGAAAAUUGCCGCGCAUCGUCCAGCUGACAGAACGCGCUCUGUUGGCUGCGGGUGGAGAUUAUGCAGACUUCCAGUAUGUGCGGGACCUCCUGGAAAACAAGAUUCAUCUCGACACUGUGGAUGGUGACACACCUCCUGCACCCAGGUCUCUGUUCUGCUGGCUGCGGCGGCUGCUGUAUGACCGGCGCACCCGGUUGAGGCCUCUGCGCAUGGACGCAGUGGUGGCAGGUCUGGAGCCAGACGGGGAACCAUUCUUGGGUGUCGUAGACCUGCGUGGCACUGCCUUCUCGGCACCCUCAGUGGCCACUGCCAUGGGUGCCUAUCUUGCAUUGCCUGGUCUGCGGGAGGCUGGAACUUCACUCAGCCGCCAGCAGGCAGCAAAGCUGCUGGAGGACAAGAUGCGAGUGCUGCUACUACGAGAUGCGCGCUCCUGUGAAGAGUUCCAGCUAGCAGUCGUAGAUGGCACAGGAGUCACCAUAGAGCCUCCACGCAAGCUGCAUGCCAACUGGCAGGUUGCCCACUCUGUCUGACUGUUCCCGGCAGAUGGCAUUGUCAGAGCUGUGUUUUGAUAAAAUAAAGAUUCUAAAAUAUGUAAUUAGUGUGUAGUACUUUAUCCUUAUUCAGCAUUGUAAGUAUAUUUGUCAAAAAAAGCAGCACCCUGUUGAAUGAAAGCAAUUUUUUUUCCUUACUGGUUUCAGGCACCUAAUGCCCUUUGACAGAGGACUAGAGUGCAGUAAUUCGAACAUUCUGAAGCUGGUUAAAGAAACAAAAUUUCUUUUGUGUGACUGCCCUUCUUCAGAAGAUUAGAAUGUGAUAAUUCUAAGCUUCUGAAAAAGGAAGCUAGAUACCUGAAAUCAAUUCAAAAAUAAAAUUUCUUUUGUGCAACUGGCUUAAAUCCUUUAAAUAUAUUCACUGUAUUUAAUGGUAUGUGUAGGUAGGGCUAUGUUUUCUAUCCAUAGACCCCUAGGCUGGCCCUACUAGGGGGAAUUUUACAAUAAUUCACUGGCAGAGAUAGUAAGUUUUGAAUUUAGAGCCUAAGUAGUGGUAUUUAAAGUGUUAUUUACCAAAUGCUCCAGAUGUCAAAUAAAUGUGCCAGGAAGAUGAGCUCUUACCACUGAAAGCAGUUGCUGCUACAAGGUGAAUUACUUACAUGCCUCAUCACAGUGCUAAAUAUGCUUAGGCAACACCUAGGAGGAAAAAAAGGGUAAUUAGAUCACAGUGGACAUAAGCAGCAAUUUAUAAUGAUUUAUUAAUAGAAUCAUUACAUUACUUAUCUGAAGUAUUAGGAUGGUGCUUGGCAAUAGUUCAGUGUUGACUUGCACUGAUCAAUCUAGUCUGAAUCCAGUGAAUUACAACUACAAUCACAAGCAAAAUGGCCAGUUCGGCCCUACUUGGCAGAGACUGCUGUCAUAGUCCUCAUGCAGUCUUGAGUUUCCAUUGAUACAUUGUGGUUACUGUGUGGAGUAGAGCCAUGUGUCUCCUUAUAACAGCAUUUGACAGCUGGAUAUCCCCUUGGGGACUAUUUCUAUGAUGUGUAGCAGAAGAAUAAAAUGGCCCUUGCUGUGUUGCAACCUCUCAUGGACACUAGCCUUGACCCAGCUGCAUCUGAGUACUACACAGCUCAGCACUCUUCUGUGUAUGGCUGUGUUGUGUAUCUUCUGGAGAACCAACAUAAGAUUUACUGUUUGAUUAUAUAAAC